UGCAUAGCUAAAUAGAGUUUUCAAAAUGGCGGAUCAACGAGUGUCAUGUGGUCGAGAUUUCUUCUGUGUUCCUGAUCUUGCCGGAGCGUUGAAGAAUGCUACGAACGGAGGAUUUGAUUUCAUCUGUGUUCCCAUAUGUCAUCCAAGAUACCGGAGAGAAUUUCUGGACCCUGUACCAGAUCGGACUGGGGCGUUUACACGAUCAGAUCUGGUACUGCCAAGUCAAGAUUGGAACAGUCUGAUUGUUGGUAAAAUCUCACCUUGGCUGAACUUGGACUCGCUGAAUGAGACUGUAAGAAAAAACUCCGAGAAGGCUUUACACCAGGAGCUGUGUUAUUCUGUUCAUUUGAGUCUUCCAGCUGUUCUUGUUCCAUUAAAAAGCUACAACUGUGUAAACCUUGCCCAGCACAUCAACACAAGUAUAACUGACACACAUGUCCAACAGGUCUGGGUUCAUGUGCCAAUGAAAAGCCCUGAGGAUGACUGUGAUAAGCAUUUGUUUGCUGACGAGGAAGAAGUUUCAGGAAAUGAGUAUGAGAAAGAUCCUUGGGAAUGGUGGAAUUUGUUUAGAACCAUUUGUGGAAACAGUAAAAGAGUUGGCUUGGCGUUGGAGAUCUCUGCUGAACUUCCUUCAGAAGAAGAACUAGAAAGAUGGUGUGGGGAACCAAUCAAAGCAGCAAUCCUACCCACAAGUUUGUUUCUCACAAAUAAGAAGGGUUACCCUGUGUUGCCCAGAGCCCACCAGGCUUUUGUCAGGAGAUUGUUUAGGCUAAAUACUCAACUGAUUCUGACUGGUGUCAACAAGCACAAGGACAAGGGCCUGGGAUUUUAUUACCAGUACCUUGCUCACCUUUAUCAGACACAGCCAGAGCUAGACAAUGUGAGUCAGUUUGCAAAGGGAUACGAGGACUACCUACAAUGCCCACUUCAGCCCUUGAUGGACAAUCUUGAGUCUCAAACCUAUGAAAUAUUUGAACGAGAUCCCAUUAAAUACAGACAGUACCAGAAGGCUGUGCACCAGGCCCUACUGGAUAGAGUUCCAGAAGACAAGAAAGAUUCUUAUGUCACGUCGAUAGUUCUUUCCAGAUUGGAGACAUUGAAAGAAGAGGAAUGGAAUGGUAACGUAACCGUCGUCUCAUCGGACAUGCGCGAGUGGGAUGCUCCCGAGCAGGCCGAUAUACUUGUGAGCGAGUUGCUGGGAUCUUUUGGUGACAAUGAGCUUUCUCCAGAGUGUUUAGACGGAGCACAGAGGUUCCUGAAAGAUGAUGGGAUCAGUAUUCCCUGUGAAUACACGUCUUUUCUAGCGCCAAUAUCUGCUCCUAAACUACAUAACGAAGUGUCACAGGGAAACGACACCACCAAGGGUCCACUGGCCCCGUUUGAGACUCCGUACGUUGUAAGACUUCACAACAUCACCGCUAUAGCGCCCCCACAACAGUGCUUCCUUUUCACGCAUCCAAACAGAGCCAGCAGAAUCGACAAUUCUCGAGUGAAAUCACUUGAAUUUGAAGUGAAGACGAGUUUUACUAUGCACGGCUUCGCUGGAUACUUUGAAACCGUACUCUAUGGGGACAUUAUGUUAAGUAUCAAACCCGACACUCAUUCCGAAGGCAUGUUCAGCUGGUUUCCAUUUUUCUUUCCCAUAAAGGAACCGCAGUACGUUACUGCGGGCUCGACAGUAAGUUGCCACUUCUGGAGAAAAUGCACACCGAAAAAGGUCUGGUACGAGUGGUGUAUAUCACGUCCCGCCCCAGUUCCCCUUCAUAAUCCCGGAGGAAGAUCUUACGUCAUUGGACUCUAAAACGUUGAGAAUAGUUGUGCGAUUUCUGAUUGUAUCGUUCCUGUCAAUAAAAGACCUAAAAGUCGA